AUGCUCGAAAACGCCGAGUUGAUAGUGAAAAGUGGAAAAAAAAACAAGGCCAAAAAUGACCGAUAUGCUCCAAAAGACUUACCUUUUAAGCCAACAUGUUCACAUAAAGACAAAAAGCUGCAAUGCUCUGAAAUUAGUAUGAAUGACUUACAAUUGUUUCAUGAAUCUUUUUAUGCCGUAAAGGACAAAGUAAAACAAGAUAUGUUCAUAUUAAAACAUGUUAUAGCUGUGCAAAUAAAACGUCGUCGUCCUCGAUCUAAUACUAAGCAUUACAAUACCAGAGCUAUGCAAAGAAUAUACAGGAUUUACUGUAGAUCUAAAAAAAAGAUGUUGACGGAAAAAAUAAAAGUCGCGAAAGAGUCUGAUAAAAAUCGGUUGAUGAUUGAAAAAACAGUCCACAAGAGACGUGCAAAGGCAUUUUUUGAUAUGCUGAAAACAGAAGACCCUUCAACAAAAAUAAUAUCAUUUGAUUGCCAAAAAAAUAUGGUACUACCUAAAAUUCCAGAUCAGAGUACCUUUUACUCGAGACAACUUUAUUUUUUUAAUUUCACGAUAGUAGAAGGCAGUUCAAGAUCAUCAUUGAUGAAGCAAAAUGUAUUCAGUUACUGCUGGACCGAAGAUGAAUAUGCAAAGUAUUCAAAUCUAAUUUCAUCUGCAGUUUUUCAUCGACUUUGUAAUACUGAAUUUACACCUGAAUGUAAUUUACUUCGGAUUAUGGCUGAUGGAUGCGCCGGAACGAAUAAAAACUCUAUAUUAAUAGCUAUGCUUUCGAAAUGGUUAGUCCAUCAUGCACCAACGCAAAUUAAAAUUAUAGAAAUAGUGUUCCCCGUAGUGGGUCACUCAUUUCUUCCUGCUGACCGAGUCUUUGCCCACAUUGAAAAGCAUCUGCGAAAAAUGGAAAAUAUAAUAAAUCCUAGUAAAUACAUAGAUGUAGUAAGUCAACAUGCAACGGUUAUUAACGUAGCAACAACAUGUCAAAUCUUCGACUGGAAAAGCACGUCAAAAGACAUAUUUUUAAAUGUUGGUAAGUGGCAUGUACCUUUUGCUAAAUGCAAAAGAUUCUAUCUAAAAAGAUCAAGCAGAUGUAGUGACAUGGUGGGCCUUCGAGGUGAAUUGCACUAUCGACAAGACUUAAGUCAGUAUAAAAGUAUUUGUAAAAAAAAAACCUCUGCAAUGAUUGCACCAACUAUAAUGACACAAGAUGUGUCAAUAAAACAGUUAAAACUGAGGGACGUCGGCCAAUUACUUAAAACUCAUUACGGCGAUGAUUGGCGCAGUUUAGAUACCUUAGGAUAUUUUGCUCGAGUACUGCUACACGACAUUCUUGUACAUCAUAAUGUUGGUGAUGACGGAGACAACGAUAACCCUGAAGAGUCGAUGUGCCAAGUCCAAGAGGAGCUACCAUCAUUAAUAAUUUAG